AUGGUCGAAUGGACAGAUGCUCAAAUCCGUAUGCUUAUUGAUGAGCGUAGAAAUAGAAAUGACGAAUAUCAUAAUCUUGGAAGUAAUCGGAUUGGAUUUUGGAAUAGCAUUGCAACCAGGAUUAAUCAAGUGCAUAGAACAAGCUUUAAUGGGUAUCAAUGCAAAGAAAAAUUUAUGAAUCUUGUUCGGGAUUACAACAGCACGAAGAAGGCGAACGGGGCACAAUAUUUUGAUGAAUUCCACACGCAUUUUUGGGAGAGGCCUAAGGAUGAUUUUGAUAGACUUCGUAAUAUAAAAAGUUUAAACCGUAGGCAACGUAGAAUUGGGAGGAAUAAUACACCCGCACCAUCUACUGGGGAAAUUGAACAGGAAUUAGGUCAAACAUCAUCAGAUAAUCGAAGAAGCCGAAGAAGUCGGAGAAGAUCAGCCUCCCCGUCUCACAAUUCACCUUCAACGCGUGUGGGUGGUGAUGUUAAUACAAACAACACCAAUGCUGGGAAUACGGUCGAUACUAGUGUGGGAGGUACGAAUGAUGCCGGUAGUGUAGAUACGAUCAAUCCCAAUGUGGGAAAUACUAAUCCACCCUCUCAUAUUGAUACAAGCAGUUAA